UCUAACGUACCCCUUACAAUUCGUUCGCCAAUAUUAAAUCAUGAUCUUGUUCUUUAACAUUUUAAGUCUGCUGAUCGUGCAAUCUUUUGAACCACAGGGCCUUUCCUAAAGAUGACAGCUAUAAUGUUUGACACGAUAAAUAACGAUUAUAUCGAAUAUUAUCCAGACUGGAGUGGUCUGACAACUGCCGUGUCUGCUUGUGGGUGGAUAAAAGACUUAGGGUCAUUCCAGUUCCCUACUAUAUUCAAUUACCAUAGUAGUGAGCUGGUAAUGAUGGCAGAUGGACAAUACACUCGCAUCUUCAGUGUAACUCGACACUUGAACAGCGGGUUCCCUGUGCCGAAAGGCACUUGGUUUCUAGCUUGUAUGACGUGGAGUAUGUCAUCAACAGAUCAGCGAUACUACGUAAAUGGGAAAGUUAUCGGAUCGCAGCAAACAGCAUCGGGCAGAUCACUAAAGACCGGAGGGAAACUAAGACUGGGAAAUUGGGGUGGAGGUAACAACAAUUUUGGGGGACAAAUGAUGUACCUUAACUUUUACUCCAAAGAAUUUUCCUCCAGUGAAUUAGCUAGAAUGGUGCAGAAAGGAAUGUGUGCUCAUAUCGUGGAGGCUGACGAGCAUGAGGCAUCUAGAGUGAUAAAAUGGGAGGACCUGGUGCAGCUUGAAAGGAGUGGAGCAGCCACGAACAUGUAUGUAGGAGAAUGUGUUGAUCUUCUUAACGAGCAGUCCGAGCGGAGGCAGAAUGAAACUGCUGAAGAAUUGAAGGACUCCCGACAGCAACUCGAGAGCGUUCAGUCAGAAAAAGAAGAGAUAGAGGAGGAACUCUCGACUAAAGUCAACGAGCACGCUUGUAAAGGUCAACACUAGGCUUAAUUCUACUGUCCGUGAGCUAGAGGAGAUGUCGACCAGCCAGAACCGAACGUGGGACUGGAAUAUCUUCCUCGCGGGAGAAUUCCUGAACCGCACCUUCACGACUGAAGACGCCCAACUUCUUCGCUCCAGCUGGGAAGAUGCAGCAGAGAAACUCGUCGGAUUAACUAUCACAGAUAAACUGAUCAAAGCAUUGGACUACUUCGACUCUGAUGAAGACAGGCCCUGGCUAAUGUUGUACUCCGAGAACUACUUCAACAAAGUUUUCACACGGAAAAUGGCAAAGGGAUUAGCAAACGUCUGGGAUGGCAUCAGUGGGAAGUUGGUGGGUGUACCGAUGACAGAGGAGGUGAUUGAACUCCUAAAUCACGUCACGGACAAAACAAAUUGUGGUUUCUCCUGAUGCCACAUCUCUCCUCGGAUACUAACAAGGAACUGCAUCACAUUUUUCCCCCGAAAAUUUCACCAAUUUUAAAGAAACCUACGCUUUUAUUUUUUAUUCUUUUGGCAAGCAUGAUUGUUGUCUAAACAAAA